GAACAUCAGAGAAUGUCAUGGGUGAGCGUGGGGUGAGUGUGAGAGGGGUGCUGAGACCUUCCCUAGUUUUUGGUUUUUCUGUAAAGGAAAGCUUUCAUAAACAGCAGUGAGCGAUCACUUCCACGGACAAUCCAUCAUUUUAACACCAGAGGUCUGAGGAAUCCACCGGCCACAUUCCAGACCUGAUAAGGCGGCCUUGUUCAAACUUGGAAAUUAAUUACUUGUACAACCCACAAGUACUGCCCAGUUCAAUCCAGCUGCGCUGCGCUGGACAGUUUUGAAGCACAUUGGAUGAAUGAAAAAAAAAGGAGGCCAGCCCAUUUGUGCACCAUUUGUCAGUGUUCACACGGAGCAUACAUAACCUUGAUCGAACUCAAUGGGACGGCUGGCAUGGCUGGAACAUAUUCUCCCUGCUGUGUGAGGGGGUGAAGCAUGCUGCUGUGUCGGGAGCUGAAACGGACCAUAGAGCAGACCGUCAGCAGCCGGCUGGGCAGACAGACUGAGCAUAUGACAGAGCAGAGCUAGAGACACAUGGCACAAGUCUGGUCACAUGUUGUUGACAAGAUUUUAAUGCUGUUGCAUAUUGGGAGACCAUUGUUUCUUCUUGCUUCAUGGCCGUAGUGUGUCAUGUGUGUUGCCACAUGUGUUGCACCCUUCUCCUGUGUUGUCUUUCCGAUGAAUGAUGUGGUUGGAAUGUUGUAUGCUGUAUUGUAUGCCUAUUGGAUUAAUGUGUGGGAUAUAGCCUGUUGAUGUCAACAAUAGAUGCAAAUGUACACAGACGUGCAGUCCUGCAAAGGUGUACAUACAUGUACAUCAUACAAUGAACAUGUACAUGCUUGUACAGUAUAAUGAAUGAUGUCUAUAGUCUAGUUGUACAUGCACACGAUUUUUAAACGUUCUUGUUCUACACCAACAAAUGGGUAGGUGUAUUUGAUUGAAGUGGCCAUCGACUGUACUGGAGUAAAUGUACCAUCAGAGAUUUGUGAAUGUCGGACACACUUUUAUUUGGGAUGGAACAAGGAUUAUACUGCUUGAGUUCUAGUCUUCACGUGCAUUGGUCGUUAUCCGGCGGAUUUGAUACCUCAUUUGGAAUAAUAUGCUACAUCUGUUGCAAUGGAGAGUAAACCGAUCCACAGACAGGUGCAGAAUCUACAACCUCAAAAUGAGUUACAUCUGGCUGCCCUAGCCUCGUUGAAGGGAGAAAUUAUCGAGUUAACGAAUCGGUUACAGAGAGUCAGCGCAGAGAGAGAUGUCUUGGACAAGAAACUGGGCAAGGCACAGGUGGAGAGGUCACGCCUUUUGCGGGACAAUGAAGACAGGUUAGACCAGCAAGCCAUCCGGUAUGAGGAGAGAAUAACAGAGCUGCACAGCGUCAUCGCAGAGCUCAAUAAGAAGAUAGACAGAUCGCACGGUGUUGCGUUCAGGGAAGAAGAUGAGUUUUCACAGUCCGCCUCGAGUCCGCACAGCAACAUCAGCAACAGCGGUGGGAGUUGUAAUGGCAGCUUUCAGGGUAGUGACUCUGCAAAUAUUGAUCAGUGCAAUGAUUUAUCAGCUGAGUUGUCCAGGGUAGUCGGCGAGCUAGAAUGCGCUGUGGAGGAACGCAAGGGGGUGGAUACCUACAGACAGCAUAUCGACACGGCCGACCACACGGUCAAGCAGCUGACCAGCGCAUCCCACCAGGUGGAACAGAGGUCAUUAGAGGCCGUCCAAGAAGUGGAGUGUCUGCAAUACGACCGCGGUUCAGCCACCAACCACUCCCCAACGACGCCUAAUGGCUUCCAGGGCCACCCGGCCCCCCACCACCGGGACUGUCAGCGCCGGCGCAGCAGCCUGGAGCAAGAGAUGGGGGUCCUGCGGGACGAGAAUGAGAACCUCAACACCACGCUGUCCAUGAAGGAAGAUGAGCUGCAGAAGAUCAAGGCUAACCUGAUCGCUAUCAGAGAAGAGAGGGACAGACUCAGGAAGAAGGUUCGAGAUCACCAGACACGCAACGAUCCACCCUCGGGCGCCACUGCCAGCAAUCUCAAACAGCAGCAGCACCAACAAGGGUACACGUCUUCCUCCUCCGAACAACUCAGCUCCCCCGGCUACCGUCAGACUGCCACCCCCAACCCAAUCUCCAACUCUAACGCCACUGUCCCCAACGGCGUCAACCCCAGCACCGGCGAGCUCAGCGUGUACGGCAGCGAGCGGCGAGGCGGCAUGCCCGUGGCCAAGGUCGCCGAGCGCGUGCGGUUAAAGCCUUCCAGGUCGCUGGACAGCUCAUCUCGGUCGGGGUCAGAGAAGGGCGUGACGAGGUCCGACUUAAACAGUGUAGGGCUUGCCAAUCCAAAGGUCGCUGAGCACCUAGCCCGGUCCCUUCAGGAGUGCUCCAGCGUGCAGGAGAUCCUUCAAGCCUUAGGCUCGCAUGGCCUGGCCGUCCCCGAGAGCAAAGCCCGGGAGAUUGAGGUGGAACUGGAGAGGCUCAACAGCAAGAUUGACCACCUUCGCUCCCAGAACGACCUCUUGCAGCUGACGCUGGAGGAGAGCAAGUCCAACGCGGACCGGCUGACGCUGCUGACGGGCAAGUACGAGAGCAACAACACGGCGCUGCAGCUGGCCGUCAACUACGCGGACCAGACGGUGGAGGCCUACAGCGUGUUGCUGAUGCUGUUGGAGACAGAACAGCAGGUCAUCCUGGCUAACUGCAGGGCGGCAGGCGUGGGGGGCAUCGGAACAGGAGAGAGUUCAGAGGGUUCGGACUCGGAAGAGACCACCAUGAUGUUGAAGCGGGUGCACGAGAAUCGCAAAGCAGCUGAAAACAUGGCUAAGGCCUUGCUGCAGAGGCUGGACCGCAGCUGCGGUACCAUGGUGUGCCAUGUGCCAGGUUGCACGCUGCAGCCCUGGGAAGACGUAUCGUCACACAGCCAUACGAGCACCACCAGCUCCACAGCCAGCAGCUGCGACACAGACUUCACCAAAGAAGAUGAGCAGCGGCUUCGGGACUACAUCCAGCAGCUCAAGAACGACAAAUCGGCCGUCCGGCUGACCGUCAUGGAGCUGGAGAGCGUGCACAUUGACCCGGUCUCGCAGAUCAAGUCCAGCAGCGACAGCCAGCGGCUGGACCUGGAGAACGCCGUCAUGAUGCAGGAGAUUGCUGCACUCAAGGAGGAAAAGGCCGAGCUCAAGGCCCAAUAUUAUCUCCUGGAGAAAGAGAAGAAAGCGGCGGAGCUCAAGAUGACCUCCCGGGACGCACAGGAGCAAGCCUAUCUGGCCCAGAUUGACCAUCUCAAGUCGGAGGUACAGGAAAAGAAGGGCAAAGUGGCGGUACCCAGGAGUCCCAAGCAAUCAGGCUUUGGACCACACUCCACGCCCUCCAUCACCUUAGCGGAGCUCAGCCACCUAGACGACCCGAACAUCUCCAUAGACAUGGCGGAGAUGGCGAGGCGGGAGAAGAAGCUGAGAGGCAAGAUCCACGAGCUGAUGGCCACCAUUGAGAAGCUGCAGAAGAGCUCGGAGAUGAGGCACCAGCAGUCGGCAGAGUUCAUCACCGACCUUAAGAGAGCCAACAGUGCCCUAGUCACUGCUUACGACAAAGCCAAGAAGAAACACCAGAACAGGCUCAAGAAACUGGAAGCCCAGAUGAUGGCGAUGGUAGAGAGACACGACACACAGGUUCGGAUGUUGAAGCAGAGGAUAGCCUUACUGGAGGAGGAGAACCAAGCAGCCAGGCCACCCCACAACGAGACCUCCCUCUAGGAACGACCAAUAAAACUGGCCAGCCUCUCAUGCUACUCACCUCCAAAAAGGAUGUCUUCCUCCCGCCUUCAGUCUGUCCAGCCAGACAAAAACUUAGAAAUUACUGGUGUGUGCCUCUUGGAUCUUGCGGACGGUGCUUCCUAUAAAGACCAAUUGUGUCACUAUCUUCCCUUGUCUGAUCUUUUGCAAAGCUGGUACAUCCGUGGAAAAAUUUACGAGCAAAUUUUUGCCUUCUCCAAUCUUCGGAUUCGUUUUGAUGGUAGGAAGUUAUGGAACUCAGAAGAAAAGAACGGGAUUUUGCUUCGACCAAAGUUGGAAAAUUGUGUACAUUCGUGUUUUCUUCCAAUGCACUACUUGAGACUGGAUGACGAUGCAUCCCGGAUCUGAAAUUUUUGUCGUCCGUUGAUGGAUAUUAACGCUGAAAAUGUAGGAUCCAGGACAGAGCGGAGAGGAAAUGGGCAUGAUGUCUGCAUUUUUGAAAAUGUUGGUAACAACUUGCCUGGCCCAGUGAAAAAUGGAAGAAUCAAGACAACAACAUAUUAUUGAAUGAUGAACAUGCAUUGCAACUCAGAACAAAACUAAUAUUUGAGGUCCCAGCUAAGAGGAUCAUUUUGCAGAUGUGUGGCAGUUGGCAAGGCCAAGUUUGACUCCCGGUCACUGUAAAUUUUGUAAAACGACGAAAGAGGAGGCAAACCUGAAUGAACAAUCACGAAAAAGAAAGAGACUUUGUUAGGGAUGGGAACAAAACAUAACCUGUGCCGAAUUCACAAUUUAAAAAAAAAAUGCCUUGCCAGUUCCUUCGGUUAUUAUGGAAAGACUAUAAAAUGACAACAUUGUCAACGAUCGGUGUAGAAUUGAAAAAAUAAAGCAAUGUACAGCCUGUAUAGAACUUCAACCAGCAAGUGCUGAAAAAAAAAGAUUAAGUUAAAUUUAAAAAAAAAAAAGCAAUGUUGGAAUUUGUAAAGCCACCAAAGAAUAAAAUGACUUUGCAAAAGUGGUGCUUUUGGUUUGUUUGGGGCUUUUGGUCAUCAUCUUAAAUAUUGGGAGAGUUACAAAUAUAUUUCGUUUUCUGUGAGAUAAAUAAAAAAAAUGGCAGGCUAUUGUAUACUAGGCUAUUGUUAUUGGGCCUGAUGCGCCCUAACUGUAGUUGGGUAAGUCCCAACUGUAGUUGGGUACAAGUAGGUCCCAACUGCAGUUGGGACCAUCCCAAUUAAAGUUGGGGAAGUCCCAGUUAGGAUGAUUCCAUAAUCGGGGCGUAACAGGACCCAUGAGACUUGUUACCGAAACUAUACCCGUUGUCGGGUAUGAGAUUCAUAAAAUGUAUAUUCGUCCCUCCUUUGUUUUGUUUUUUUGAGGGAAGAAGCCUCGUUUACUCUCUUUUGUAAACAACUUGUAUUCUUAUGCAGAUUACGACUGUACAUAUGUAAAGAUAGCCCGUUUGUUAAUGUUCAUACCUAUUUAUGAUAAUAAUGUUCAUUUCUUUUGCAGAAACAAGUGCUCAUAUUUUUUUCCUUUUUUAUUAAUUUCAGAUCAUUUAAAAAAAAAAAAAUUUCAUCAGUGAUCUGCCAAGAAAUUAAAAAUUCAAACCAAGUUGUGAUCCGAGCUAUUCAACUUAGAAAAGAAAGUAAGAACUCUUUCUUAAAGACUUUUUUUCCCAACAGUAUUGCAUUGUAUCGUUUACUCAUAAUGGUUUAUUUUAAAGUCAGUGUCCAAGUGUUUAGCAAAGUCUCUUGGAAAAGCUCAUUUGGAAAAGCCUAUUCAGUCAAAGUCAACAGAAAGCCAAACCAACUGAUUUCCUUCAGGAUUCCUACAUUCAUGAAAAAUUCCAGGAAAAUCCUGGCAUUUAAAGCUAUCAUGGGAAGUCGUGGAAAAGUCACGGAAUUUUUGUUAUUUUAUGAGGAGUCAUGGAAAGUUGAUAUUCCAAGAAAGAAGUUACGGAAAAUUCAUUGCAUCCUGCACAAGCCAUAUGUGAUGAUGUGUAAUAUUUGGCUGUGGCAGUCUUCCUGUUUGGAUUCCAAUUUCAUUAUACUUGCUCUUUAUGCAUGAACCGUACACUCUACACUUGUUGCUUGUUCAAUGCACCAUUGAGAUCAGCGGUCUUUAGCCAAACUGGAGUGCUGAAAGGGAUGUGGUGUCCCUUGCCCUCAGAGCAAUACGCUCCUAAGAUGCCAAAACAGCAUAGGAAUUGAGAUGCCAAAACAGCAUAGGAAUUGAGAGACCAAAACAGCAUAGGAAUUGGUCAUGGAAAGCCCUAAAUUUCUCCUAGAAAAGUCAUGGAAAAAUCUUGGAAUUUCAUUUAAAUAUUUCUAUGGGAACCCUGUCGUUACACCUUUUUCAGGUUGGCAUUCUAGAGUCGCACCGAACAAAAUAAAUUCUGUGAUUAGUUCAACAUUUGAAACAGUUAUUGGAGCAAAAACAUGAAAGUCAAUUAACGUUAAACUGAUGCAGUCAUUGGUGCAUGACUCCAUAGAGGCUAGCCACUGGAAAAUCGGCUCAUAAAAGUUUGCCUAUCUGAAAUGACAAUCUAUGUUGUCUAACCUCCUAAUGCUGUAUGGUUUCGGCCCAAGUCUGGAACCCAAGUCUGAAACAUGUUUGGCCUUAUGAUUAUCCUAUGCUGUCACAAUUACUUGCAUUAUAUUUAGUCUGAUACCACAAUGCCCCAUAAUUUAUAACUAGUUCAUGGACGAAUUUGAUACAAAUUUUUGUUUUAGAGAGCAUUUGUUUUCAUCGCAACUGAUGAGUUAACAAUUCCAUCUUAUGAUGAGUUAACAAUUUUUCUGUGGUUGACACUUGUAUGAAAUAUUAGUAUCAUUAAGAAGGUACUAUGGUCGUAAUGGUUAAGUUUAAAAAUAUUUCAGAAAGCUUGAUUUUUAUUUAUUUAUCAAGUUUGCAAGACACAAGUUAGUCUUGGGCAACCAGAAGGUUUAAAGGGUACAAGAAAAAAGCUGUUUUUAAGCUGUUCAAAUCUCAGUUUGUCAAUCAGUAAUCACAAAUUUCCCCCACAGGAACAUAAAUAAAAGUUCCAUUUCUGCACAGACGAUGAUGUAUCCCCUUUAAUAACCCUCUUCAAUUAUGCUUAAAUUUCAAGAAUUGACUUCUUCUUUUUUUUUUUGUGGCACAACUCAUUUUGUGAACAAUCUGGUUAAAAAUUAUGUUUGUAACCAAUCUUCAUGAACCGUUAUUUUUAAGAUUCACCAAGAUCACCGAGAUACAUGCAUGUAUUUUUUUUCUUAAGAUGUAAAUGUUUGUAUUAUAAAUAGAGUUUUUAUUUUAUAAAAGGAUUCAAGGGGUUUCAUGUUGUUACAAGCCAACCUCAAAGAGAUCCUAAAAUUCAUAAGAGAUCCAAACAAAUUUAUAGGUAUUUGUGAUACUGAAAAUCAUGCCUUUAAAUAAAUCGGUGGUAUUAUUUUAUCAGUAAAGAUGAAUCUAGGGGAAUUGUGCCGUCCAUUUGAUAAAAUAGCAGUUCCUUUAAAGAGGCUAUUUUGCACCCUUUCUUUACUAUGUUGUGACUAAAACUUUGCAGCAGACCACAUAUAGUAACUUAAAAAAGUCCCAGCAAGCAACUCAAAGCAAAUAUGCUAAAGAAAUGACACAAAACACGAUAUAUCCAUUUGAAAAGGGGGGGGGGGGGGGGAAUGGAACGGUUCUGAAAACUUAUAGAAAAUGCACAGUAUAACAGCUGUCCCUAAUCUACAUUUUUCUCUUUAUUGUAUUCUUAACAGUAAUUACAAUGGAACAGCGCCCCCACACUGUGGGCUUGGAUGUCAUGACCUUUGCCCUGUUUAUUAUUCAGGUCAUGACAUGCGGGACUUUUAUGUUCAGUGUUUUGCUGUUCCAUGAGUAAUGUAUGUUUGCUUAAAAGUUGAAUUUAACCAUAAAACAGCCGUCGAAACUGACUUUGGGAAGAACCUGGAGAGGGCAGGAUUCUUACUAAAAGCUAACAAAUACAUGUAGCAUUUAUCGCGUUUUGGAAACAAAGUCUUCAAUUUUUACGAGUGACUAAUGUGUGAUGCCAACAUGCUAAGCACAGUCAAGCUUUUCCUAGCAAAUAGCGCACUUUUGCAGCCAAAAUGUUGGGCAUGCUUUUCAACUUCUACUGAAGUUAAAUUAGUAUGCAAAUCGCCACAAACAGUAGCUGUUUUUCCUAAAAUCAGAAACAAAUACAAUCAAUAUCGUAAAAGAUCGUUUACCACCAACUCUUGUUUUACCAUUUUUCCUGUGAUCAGCGUUUGCAAUUAUUAGGGGUUGCAAUUUUUACAUUAUUUUUUAAAGAUAACUGUUUUCAUCGUUCAGUUACACACGUGUUCGUUUAUUCAACUGAGAGUUGAUAUCUUAUGUAGUUUCUGUUUCUUUGUUCCAUGCCUUAUUUAUAUCUCUGUUCCUUCAAAGUUCUUUGAUUCUGUUCUUGUACAAAAACAGUAAAUAAAAACAGUUUUAUACAGCUUUUUUCUGAAACAUGAA